CUCCUCACUGCUUCGAGCUUUUUAUGACAAGUCGCCUGACUCACUCUCUGCCUGAGUGGUGGGCUGAUGCAAGCGGAAGCGGGUCAUUCCCCGAAAAGGUCUAGCGCAGCUUCCAGUCUCGAACCUUCCGAUGCUCGCCGCCAGCGGUGUUCGUCUGUCGGCUUCAUCAUCCAUCUGUGGCCCACCGCGGCCAUCGAACCGGCAACCAACUGUCGUCAAAAAGUUCCAGCUCUUCAUUAAUAGCACUUCUUUUGUGCAUUUGCUUUCCUUUUCUUAUCUUUUGAGGCGGCUUUCCGCCAACCGCCUCACCAUCAUGGCUUUUGUCCAAGGGCCUGCGCUCCAGAAUGUCGCAUCUGUAGCAGUCGAUGUUUGGCCUUCGAUUUCGGCUGCCUUUCAGACGCCGUGGCGAAGUGCACCAAAAGAAUCUCCUACGCGUUCCAAUUUCCGCAAGACUGUGAACAUUUCUAAUCGGAUAGAUGGCACCAUGCGGAACGUAGGCAUGCAAGGCAGAGCAUAUGCGACGGCUGCUACUGGAUCGCAACCACUCGUGUCGUUACCAGACUGCCUGUCCGUUGUCUCUCGGUCACACCUCACACCGCAGUUUGCGCCUGAGGCCUUGCGAAGUGCGCCCUCAGUUUUUGGCAUCUUUGGGGCACUAAACAGCGGGAGUCUCUCUCGAUGCAGCCCGAUCGCACGGCGUCUUCCUCCUUUCCAAAUGCGAAGUCACUACUCGACGACGACAAAAUUCGGCCCUCUGACUCUUCAUUCUAUGCCCCGUACAGCGCAGCUCGACGGCAUUCAACGACGAAAUAUCGUGUCGUCCAACUCGUCCUAUAAUCUGCUUGCCCAUAUGGAGGCGACGGCAAACAACAAUCCUGGUAGCGCUUCAUCACAAAAUGCGUUCUAUUCAGCACUACUUCGCGCCGGUCGACCAGAUCUAGUCGUUCAACGAUAUGAAACAGGUCGCUUCGCAAGCAAUCCUGCCUGUGAAACACUGUACAUACGUGCACUUGAAAGACUGGGACAAGGCCAAGAAGCGCAGAACACAAGCGCGAAUAGCCAAAUUCAAAACAAUACAAGCAUCGACAAUGAUCAGCUCAAUGCUGUGACGCAAGCUGUCGCUGCUCGAGUUCGUGGUGGAAAUGUUGCCAUGGCCAAGUCCGGUUCUGGUGCAAAGGACAGUCCACUCUAUGUUGUGGUUGAUGAGUCUAUGGGAAGUGCCUUGUUCCGCUGGAUCAAGCUAAUUCUGUGGUUUGGCUUCGCUUCCUGGGUUGUUUAUAUCAUUACAACCAUGAUUUUCGAAGCUGGCGGCAUGCUAAGACGAGUCGGCGGGCAAACACAUUCGGAAGCCAAACCCGAGCUGCAGAAGACGAGGUUCAGCGAUGUUCAUGGCUGCGACGAGGCAAAAGAAGAACUGCAAGAGCUGGUCGAAUUCUUGAAGGCACCAGAGAAAUUUUCUUCUCUGGGUGGCAAAUUACCAAAAGGUGUCUUGCUUACUGGUCCGCCUGGUACAGGAAAGACUUUGCUCGCCCGUGCAGUAGCUGGUGAGGCUGGUGUGCCGUUUUUCUACAUGUCCGGGUCCGAGUUUGAUGAAGUCUACGUUGGUGUUGGAGCGAAACGUGUUCGUGAGCUCUUCCAGGCCGCUCGUGCUAAGGCACCUGCCAUUGUCUUCAUUGAUGAAUUGGAUGCGAUUGGCGGCAAGCGCAAUGAGCGUGAUCAUGCAUAUGCCAAACAGACUCUGAAUCAGCUUCUUACAGAUCUCGACGGUUUCGACCAGUCUGCUGGAGUUGUUUUCCUUGCUGCCACUAACUUUCCGGAACUUCUCGACAAGGCACUUACUCGACCUGGACGAUUUGAUAGACAAGUUGCGGUACCCUUACCGGACGUUCGUGGACGCGCCGCAAUCUUGAAGCACCACAUGCGAAACAUGCAGAUCGGUACUGACGUCGACUCGUCCGUUCUUGCACGUGGCACGCCAGGCUUCUCUGGUGCUGAGCUAGAAAACAUUGUCAAUCAAGCUGCUGUACAUGCAAGCAAACGCAAAGCACAGAAGGUCCAUAUGGUUGAUUUCGAGUGGGCUAAGGACAAGAUUUUAAUGGGUGCCGAGAGGCGCUCGGCCGUUAUCCAAGAGAAAGACAAGAUCAUGACAGCCUACCACGAAGGUGGUCAUGCUCUUGUAGCAAUGUACAACAAGCACGCCGAUCCUCUCUACAAGGCUACGAUUAUGCCCCGCGGGCACGCACUCGGUAUCACGUUUCAACUUCCUGAACUUGACAAGGUCUCUCAGACUAAACGUGAAUAUCUUGCCAAGAUCGAUGUCUGCAUGGGCGGUAAAGUAGCCGAGGAAAUGCUAUACGGAGAAGAUGCAGUCACAAGCGGCGCGAGCAGCGAUAUUCAGCAGGCCACAAGUCUUGCCUACUCUAUGGUCACGAGGUUUGGCAUGUCAGAUCGCCUUGGCAAUGUCGAUCUCGCAUCAGACUAUGCUCGUCUCCCCACCGAAACAAAGCAGAUCAUUUGGGAGGAAGUUCGUCGCAUAAUUGAAGAGUCUAAGAAGCGCGCAGAAGCACUGCUGAAGUCUCGAAGAAAGGAACUCGAUCUGGUGGCGCACGCUCUUGUUGAGUAUGAAACUUUGAGCAAGGAGGAGAUGGAGAAGGUCGCAAGGGGGGAGAAGUUGGACAAAAUGAAAGCAAGUGAAGGUGUUCCAAUCAAGCUGCCUGAGUUAAGCAAGGGAAAGGGUAUGCAGCCUGGUUCGACUCCGUCCCCGUUCCCGACUCCUCCAGAUGAACCCAGUGGAACUCCACCUGUUGGAGGCUUGGGCGCCCCAGCUCCUGUUUCUAACGGGUCAAGUGAACCACCUAGGCCGUUUCCAGCCAGUGGCCACUAGCUCCCGCAAACAGGAAGCAUCUCUCCUCUCGUUGAUAUCAUGGAAUGGCGCAUUUCUCCUUCAAUGGAACGGAAGGUUCUGAAUUAGCACUUUGUCAAGCGAAGGAAUUGUCUAUCAUGAUAUAUCAUUUUCAUGGCUUUCUUUUGUAAAAUUUAGGGCUGAGCAGUGUAAGCGAGAAUGUAAAGCAACCGUUGUUCAUUGUUUAAAAAAAAUUACUAUGGUUUUUCUCACGCCAAAAACA